AUGGACACCAAGACACAGAACCUUCCCAUCACCUACACCCAGCCCCAUAGCAACGCUCGGCCCCAAAGCCACAGCUGCAACCAGUGCAACUGCUGUCACCACUGCCAGAACUGCAGCCAUAGUUGCAGCUGGAGCCAGAGCUGCAGCCGGAGCCAGAGUUGCAGCCGAAGCCGGAGCUCCAGCCAGAGCCCAGCCGGCCACUGCAGCCCACCUGGCCACCAGAGCCAGAGUCCAAGCCCCCGCCAGCCACAAAAGCAUCAAAGACACGCCAUGCACUCCCACCACUGUCCCAUGCGGCCCAUCAGCCAUUCCUGCAGCUACCCCAAGAACAGAAAGAACUUGGAAAGAAAGAUGAACAGGAGGAAGGUGGUCAAGAGGAGCCAGCGGGUGUACAAAACAAAGAGGCGGAGCUCAGGUACCUUUCGCGCAGGUGGGGAAGGGCCUCAGGGCCCCUGA